GGAACUUCAAAGCGGCCCGCGCUGUCCCGACCGCCUAGCUCCGCUCUGGGACCUCGCAGCCUCGGCGCGGCCGCCUGGUGGCCAUGACCCGAGCGCUGUGCGCGGCGCUCCGCCAGGCUCUCCUGCUGCUUGCCACCGCCGCCGCGCUCUCGACAGGAUUGAAAUGUGUAUGUCUUUUGUGUGACUCUUCAAACUUUACCUGCCAAACUGAAGGAGCAUGCUGGGCUUCAGUGAUGUUGGCCAAUGGAAAAGAACAGGUGAUCAAGUCCUGUGUGUCUCUCCCAGAACUGAAUGCUCAAGUCUUCUGUCAUAGUUCCAACAACGUUACCAAAACGGAAUGCUGCUUCACAGACUUUUGCAACAACAUAACGCUGCACCUUCCAACAGGUCUACCUCUGUUGGUUCAAAGAACAAUUGCAAGGACGAUCGUACUUCAGGAGAUAGUGGGAAAAGGUAGAUUUGGUGAGGUCUGGCAUGGAAGAUGGUGUGGGGAAGAUGUGGCUGUAAAAAUCUUCUCCUCCAGAGAUGAAAGAUCUUGGUUUCGGGAGGCAGAAAUUUAUCAGACGGUCAUGCUGAGACAUGAAAACAUACUUGGUUUCAUUGCUGCUGAUAACAAAGAUAAUGGAACUUGGACUCAACUUUGGCUUGUCUCCGAAUAUCAUGAACUGGGUUCCUUAUAUGACUAUUUGAAUAGAAAUAUAGUGACCGUGGCUGGCAUGAUCAAACUGGCCCUUUCGAUAGCUAGUGGUCUGGCCCACCUACAUAUGGAGAUUGUUGGUACACAAGGUAAACCUGCUAUUGCUCAUCGAGAUAUAAAAUCAAAGAAUAUCUUAGUGAAAAAAUGUGAAACUUGUGCCAUAGCAGAUUUGGGGCUGGCUGUGAAGCAUGAUUCAGUACUGAACACGAUUGACAUACCUCAGAAUCCUAAAGUGGGAACCAAAAGGUAUAUGGCUCCUGAAAUGCUUGAUGAUACAAUGAAUGUGAAUAUCUUUGAGUCCUUCAAACGAGCCGACAUCUAUUCUGUUGGUCUGGUUUAUUGGGAAAUAGCCCGAAGGUGCUCAGUUGGAGGAAUUGUUGAGGAGUACCAGUUGCCUUACUAUGACAUGGUGCCUUCAGAUCCCUCAAUAGAGGAAAUGAGGAAGGUUGUUUGUGACCAGAAGUUUCGACCAAGUAUCCCAAACCAGUGGCAAAGCUGUGAAGCACUCCGAGUCAUGGGGAGAAUAAUGCGGGAGUGUUGGUAUGCCAAUGGGGCAGCCCGCCUAACGGCCCUUCGUAUUAAGAAGACUAUCUCUCAACUUUGUGUCAAAGAAGACUGCAAAGCCUAAUGAUGAUAAUUGUGUUAAAAAGAAAUCUCUCACAGCUUUUUUUUUUUCUCAUUUUCCCUCUUUAUGUGAAUGUUUUUACCUUUUUUUGGUUGUCGUUCUACCUCAAAGAUAAUGCAGUACAGUAUUUAAGAGCUCAAAUGCAACAUGGAAAAAAUAACUCUGAAGUCAAGCACAGGCAGGAAUUGACUUCAUCCCAUCUCUGUGUUG